UCGCUAAAAAUAAUUCUUACAAGCUCCAUACCAAGGUUUUUUUUUAAUCGUUACUGAUUUGAUUUUUUUUCGUCGUGUGGCGGUUGUUGUAGGUAGUACCUAUCUGCCAAGGGCCAAGGGGGGAGGGGCCAUGGUACAUCGUACAUCGAUGUUAUCAGCUAAGUUCUCAUCUAAAGCUGCCACUGCCGACAAUAGCAACGAGAGAUGACUGCGGAUACCGAUACCAGGUGGAACGCGCGAAGGAGACACGCCAUCCAAUCUGUCUUCCAGACUAAUGCGUCUCAGCCUACGCCGUAUUCUACCUCCUCGCUGCGGUUCCCUGGUCAGAGCCACAGUCAGAGUCAGAGUCAGAAUCAAAGCCAGACUUUUGGGGGCCCUUUAAACCAGACGCCCCAGAAAGCCACAGAUUCCCAAUUCUUGCUGACGUCGCCAGAGGAGCAGUCCCACGCCCAGCAGCAGACCCGCUUUGACCGGUCGUGGCACGUGGUCACGUCCCGCAUCGCGCUCCCGCCCUCCGUCACCGCGGAGGACUCGUUCGGGGCUCUACCGAGCUCGCAGGAUGCCGACGAUGCAGAGUUCCGGGACGCGCUCCGUGAUGCCUUAAUCCCGGCUGUACGUCUUCCACUGGCUAGUCGCACCGGCGAUAUACUCGCCUGGCACACGCAGCAGGUCCGGCUGCAUUUUGUGACCCAUGUCUUACCGCUCCUGUCUGUCUGCGAUGGCUACUCGGACCGGACGCAAGUCCUACUAGGUAGUAUACGGACUUUGGAAGCUGCGAAUAGGCAGUAUCUAUACGGGCUAUCACUGAUUCUUCGGGCUAUGGACGAAGAGCCUGCAGAGCUUGCUCUCCUGAAAUUCCAGCGCGAUCUACAUGCCAUUGUGGCGAACUCCAUGUCCAAUGCCAUGAUAAAUGCUCUAAGAUCGACCCUUGGCCAGCUGAUGAAAACGCUGCUUGGCGUGGGAGCAGUAUCUCAAGCUCCCGGCCGGGGAAAGGAGAGCAUAGAUCCCGAUAAUGUAAGCGCAGCACGAAAGGAAUUGCACCAGCUAGUAGAGUCUUUACGCAACGUUGGGUUUGCCGGCGAAAAGUUUCAAAUUCUUUUUGCGGAACUCCUCGACGGGAUGAUGAUUGCUUAUAUUCGAGAGACCUUUGCGGGCGUGUGGGGGUCCAAUGACGACUUGCAGAUGGGAGCACGACUCCCAACCGGCAUUAGAAUGCAACCCAAGUGUAUUAAAGAGCUACUGGACUGGGUUGAGAAUCAAUACUCGAGAUUAGCUGUGGAAGUUACUAGCCGGCUCGGUAGCGGUAUACAAAUCAGCUGGUCGGAUGUAGAGAAAUGGAAAGAGAUUGCUAUCGGGAGGCUUGCUGCGCUUCGAAUUGACGAGCUCUUCGACAUCGUUGUUAGCUGGCCAGAUAGCGAAGGUGCCAUCGAUGAUCUCCGCUAUGCAAUUACGACGCCUCAACGGAGAUUACAACUCGCAAAUGCAUUCUCAUCUACCUUACAAAAACGCCUACUACACGCGGGACGUUCGACGUUAGAUAUACUUCGAACGUAUAUCGCCAUGAUCCGGACAUUUCACAAAUUAGAUCACUCAAGAGUGCUACUAGACCGCGUAGCCUACUCCCUGCAGCUAUAUCUAUGUACCCGAGAAGAUGCGGUUCGCAUCGUCGUUACCGGUUUGCUAGGCAGUCCCGAAGAGGUCAAUUCCGAGGCUCGCAAUACUAAACUUGUCGAACUUGUGGAAUUGUUAUUGCAAGAUUCUAAUCGAUAUCAAUCUGAACGCCGAACAGAGGACUUCGAAGAUUUAGAGUGGACCCCUGCUCCAGUUGAUGCGGGCUCCAAUUACAGAAGACAGAAAUCCGAGGAUGUCAUCGGUACGCUUAUCGGUGCCCUUGGCUCUCCGGAAGUGUUUAUCAAAGAAUUUCAGAGCAUAAUAGGUGAACGGUUACUAUCUGAACGAACGGGGUUCAAGCAAGAGGUUGGCGUGCUUGACUUACUAAAGAAACGCUUUGGAGAGUCAUCGCUGCAAGCUUGCGACGUGAUGAUCAAGGAUAUUCAAGACUCAGCGCGUCUUGACGGUGCCAUCCAUCGUGGGGCAGUUUACCAUCCAGAUAAAGUGGCUCAAGACUGGACGAUCCAUGCACGAAUCCUAUCGCGACUUUAUUGGCCUGAAGUAGGAGAAGAACGCUUUGUGCUGCCUUCUAGCGUGGCGGAAAUGCAGAAGACGUACGAGACUAUUUUUGAACGUCUAAAACCAUCGCGUAAGAUUAAGUGGCUUAAUCAUCUGGGUCAGGCGACAGUGGAGCUGGAGCUCGAAGACCGGACAAUAUCGGAGAAAGUUCGUACUUACGAAGCAGCCGUCAUCAACGCCUUUAGCGAAGAGAAUUCGUCUAGUUGGGCGUUUGACGACCUAUGGAUGAAGCUAGAGAUGGAUGAAGAUCUUCUCACAGCAGCCCUUGAAUUUUGGGAGAAAAAGCAAGUACUUCGUAGGCUCCCUGACAACACUUACGCUGUUAUCGAACGGCUUUCAGAUGCCGAGCAGCCUUCGUCACUUCAAGCGGCACAUGCUUCAAACCCCAGUGGCGUUGAUGUAGGACCAACCACGCCUCGCAAAGCCAAGUCCGGAAUGAGCGAGAAGGAGAAGGAAAAGCGUCAAGUAUACUGGCAAUUCAUCGUGGGCAUGCUGACGAACUCCAGCCCCGCAAUGCCUCUCGGACAGAUCUCCAUGAUGAUGAAGAUGCUGAUCGCGGACGGUUUCCCGUGGAGCAACGAGGAACUGCAAGAAUUCCUCGGGGAAAAGAUAGCUGACGGCGAGCUUGAAAUUGUGGGGGGCAAAUAUAAGCUCAUCAAGAAAGUAUGACUUGGACUCCUUGCUGGUGCCAGAUUUCCUUUGAACAUCCGUUAGCGGCGAUCUUCACGAUUCCAAUUACAAGGGCAAUUAGUUAGUACACUGCUUGCUGAGCCUCGUUACGGUGGUAUUUGUCACGGGGGGCACUAGGUGGAUGAUCGGAUAGGUGUGCCUUGAGUAGAUAUUGACGCCAUCCCGCCCUUCGUGUCCCCGUCAGCUUCGCUAACAUGCUUAACAAUAUAUCACAAUAAUGUACCUACUCUGCCGGGGCGAUGUUGAGCUACUGUCAUCACGAUAUGCGUGCGUGGAUGGCGUACGGGGAACUGGCCGGAAAGGUUAAUAAGAAACGAUAUUUGACGCCAGUGGAACGGCGGUCAGACAAGUCAGAUUGAGUUU